AUGACCGCGGACGCCCCCGCGCAGGACCUGGACCCGGCCUUCUCUUACGGGAUGAAGCUCACCUGGGACAUCAACGACCCGCAAAUGCCUCAGGAGCCAGCCCACUUCGACCACUUCCGGGAGUGGCCGGACGGCUACGUGCGCUUCAUCUACAGCGUCCGGGAGAAGAAGGCGCAGCGGCACCUGAGCGGCUGGGCCAUGCGCAACACCAACAACCACAACGGCCACGUCCUCAAGAAGUCCUGCCUGGGCGUGGUGGUGUGCGCGCGCGCCUGUGCCCUGCGCGGCGGCUCGCGCCUGCUGCUGCGGCCGGCCAUCUGCGACAAGGCGCGGCUCAAGCAGCAGAAGAAAGCGUGUCCCAACUGCCAUGCUGCUCUGGAGUUGAUUCCUUGCCGAGGCCACAGUGGGUACCCUGUCACCAAUUUCUGGCGGCUGGAUGGCAAUGCUAUAUUUUUUCAGGCCAAGGGGGUUCAUGACCACCCAAGACCAGAGAGUAAAUCGGAGACAGAAGCUAGAAGAAGUACACUCAAGAGACAGAUGGCCUCUUUUUAUCAUCCUCCAAAAAAGAGAGGUCGGGAUCCAGAGGCAGGAACCACUCAGAACAACCAUGGCCGUGUCAACAGCACACCACCCCUGGAGCCCGUGGAACUGCUGCAGGCGGCUGCUGACACCAGCUGUCCCUCUUCAGGUCAGCCGGGUCUGUCCUUCCCAAACUCUGCUGCUUGCAAAGCUACCUGUGACACAGCUGCCUUUCAAGGAGACAUGGUACCUUCCUUUCAGAAAUAUCCAAACCCAAGGAUCUAUGUGCCUCUGAACAGGUCGCCUUGCAGCUAUGAGUUUGCAGGACCGGGGCAGGCAGCUUCAAGCUUGUAUCCCACCUUGUGUAAAGAUCCCUGCAAUAUCCUCAGCGACGCCGACUGGGCUCAUCUGGACACAUUACAAUGCAACGUCAGUUCAUACAGCAGCCACGAGAGAAGCUUGGAUUUCACGGGGAGGCAACCCGGCUGGAAGCGUGAUCCUGGAAAACCUGGCCUUCGAGACAGGGCCGACCAUGAGCAGUGCCAGGCCGUGGCCGCACGCCCCCAUGACCACCCAGAGCUGCCCAGCAGGUACCUGGUGACACGGCCAGCAGGUCCGCCAGCCGUGCAGACGGUGAUCACCACCACAGUGGCCUACCAGGCCUACCAGCACCCUGCUCCAAGCCAUGGCGGCAAGGUGCAGGAGGUCAGCAGCCUCGCCAGCUGUAGCUAUGCUUCCGGAAGCUUCCCAACGUCCAUCUAUCCAGAAGACUUGGACCCUCCAGCUGCCACCAGCCAGGCCCUCAGACCCACCCUGUCUUUGCCCCCCAUGGCCGCCCCCUCCAUGAUGGACGGAGGAGAGGCGUGGGAUGUGUGUCUGUCUGGAGCAGGCGCUGCACUCAGUUUCUUGGAGAGGCCAGGGCAGCUCUUUGACUUUGACAAUGAGGACUUUUAA